AUGCCAGGUCAGACACUUAUGUCUAGACUAUAUCCUGUUACGGACUGUACUGGCUUUGGCUCUUCCCCGGAUUUACGCCACUCGGAUCGAUGGUAUCCAGUGUUGCUUCCGAGCCUGUCAGCGAUCUUAUAUAUAAACACUGAGCUGCUUAGGUAUCAACAGCUUAGGGAUCCUCAUCGUUCGAUCCAUCAUUCGAUAUCGAAGCAGUGGAUUCAUUCUUUUGAGGCCAUCAUUCCGAUUCUCCACUGACGGUAUAUUCCAUCCGACCUGUCAUUGUCUUCAACACACCUCACGCCACAGCCACACAUCUCUUAUAUACCUACUCUGUGGGCCAUGUCGGACGUCGCUCAGCAGGGCACCCUCCCUACGGAGACGGCAUCGCUGUCAGAUAAGAAGACAGCGGUGCAGACGCAACAGACCUCCGAGACUGCUUCGUCUAACGUUGAGUACGGAAAGCGAGACGAUUCUGUCAGGGCUCAUUUCCGCUUCCUGUGGGUGACUGUGCUUGUUGGUUGCGCCCUGCUCGAGUAUGGUUUCGACAAAGGAAUCGUGGGUUCUUUCCAGGCCAUGGUGGGAUUCCUCGAGAUUUUCGGCUACCAGGAUCAUCGGGUUCCAUCAGGAUGGAAUAUCGCAUCAGUCCCCCAGCAGAUCAUCAGUUCCUUCAUGCUCCUCGGCGCCUUCAUGUCAUGCUUUGCAACCGGCCCCCUGGGCUCAGUGCUUGGAAGGCGGUGGUGCAUCGUUCUCGGCGUGGUCUUGUUGAUUGUUUCCAUCAUUAUUAUGAUCGUCACAACCUCUAUGGGUCUGCUCUACUUCGCACGGCUGGUCAUGGGCGUCGGAAACGGUCUCGUCAUGACCUUCACCAUGGUCUACAUUUCUGAGCUUGCGCCUGCCAAGCUCAGAGGUCUGGCCUAUGGCUUCAUGACCACGUGGAUUACUGCUGGUACUGCCAUCGGCCUGUUGAUCACAAACGCCACCCAGGCCAUGCAAGGCCGGGCCUGCUACCAGAUCCCUCUCUACGUCCUUUUUGCCAUGCCAGCGGUGACUAUAAUCUCGAUGCCCUUCAUGCCCGAGUCGCCCCGCUGGCUGCUGCUCCAGGGCAAGGAGGAGCAGGCCUGGAAGUCCCUUACAUGGAUCCGCAACGGCGCCUACGACGACCUCGCCCUGCGCUCCGAGUUCGAGGAGAUGCGUCUCAACGCCCUGCACGAUCUCGAGCUCCAAUCCAAGUGGUUGGUCCUCGACCUCCUCCGCGGCACCAACCUCCGCCGGACCCUGCUCUGCGUCGGUGUCGGCCUCAUCAACGCCGGCAUCGGCGCCAUGUUCGUCCUCGCCUUCGGCACCUACUUCUUCAAGGUCAUCGGAGUCACCAAUCCCUUCAAGUGGAUCGUCCUGACACAGUGGAUGGGCGUCAUCGGCCUCUUCUUCGCCUACUACCUCCUCGACCGCGUCGGGCGGCGCACCCUCCUCCUGGUCGGCACCACGGCCUGCGGCCUCUCCAUGCUGGUGCUGGGCGUCAUGUUCUCCGUCCCCAACCUCAAGGGCACCACUGGCCUCCAGGUGGCCAUCAUCUUCCUCACCUCCUGGUUUCAAUUCUUCUUUAACUUCGGCGUCGUGCCCAUCACCUACCUCGUCGCCGGCGAGCUGCCCGCCCAGAACAUGCGUGCGUACACGGCCGGCAUCAGCACGGGAACCGGCUACGUCGCUGGGUGGCUCACAACCUUCACAGCCCCUUACUUCAUCAACCCGGCCAACCUCAACUGGGGCGGCAAGUACGGCUUCAUCUGGUUCGGCAGCUCGUUCCUCGUCGUUGCCUUCGUCUGGUUUCUGGUGCCCGAGGUGCAGGGCCGGUCCCUCGAGGAGAUCGAGGAAAUGUUCGACAAGCGCCUCCCCGCAAAGGACUUCCCCAAGUACGUUUCGGAGAACGCCGAGAUUGCCCGUCGCGAGGCCGAGAAAGAUCUGUAUGGACCUGAUGGCGACAAGGCCAGGGUUAUGCGCGCUGAGGGCAAGAUGUAAAUAUUGGACAUGGAUAUUUGGAUAUUGAUCACGUUAGGGGGUUUUAGGAUGUUUGUGAAGAGCAAGGAAUUUUAGUUAGGGGACAAAGUGCUCAUUAUUUAAUUGCACCCUUGAAUGCAGACAA